GCAGCUGGUGCUGGGAGGCGGGGCGGAGGGUCGCGGGCAGAUGACGCGCAGGCGGACCCGCUACUUCCUGGAUCCGCCGGCCGGUGCCGCUGCCGCACCCUGCGCCGGAGCCGGGAACCUGCGGCCGCCGCCAUGUCCCACCAGACAGGCAUCCAAGCAAGUGAAGAUGUUAAAGAGAUCUUUGCCAGAGCCAGAAACGGGAAAUACAGGCUUCUGAAAAUAUCUAUUGAAAAUGAGCAACUUGUGAUUGGAUCAUGUAGUGAGCCUUCAGAUUCCUGGGAACAUGAUUACGAUGCCUUUGUUUUGCCGCUGCUGGAGGACAAGCAGCCGUGUUAUGUAUUAUUCAGGUUAGACUCUCAGAACGCCCAGGGAUAUGAAUGGAUAUUCAUUGCAUGGUCUCCAGACCAUUCUCCUGUUCGUCAAAAAAUGUUGUAUGCAGCAACAAGAGCAACUCUGAAAAAAGAAUUUGGAGGUGGCCACAUUAAGGAUGAAGUAUUUGGAACAGUAAAGGAAGAUGUAUCAUUACAUGGAUAUAAAAAGUAUCUGCUGUCCCAGUCUUCUCCUGCGCCACUGACUGCAGCAGAGGAAGAAUUAAGACAGAUUAAAAUUAAUGAGGUACAGACUGACGUGGGUGUGGACACAAAGCAUCAGACACUACAAGGAGUGGCAUUUCCUAUUUCUCGAGACGCUUUCCAGGCUUUGGAAAAACUGAGCAACAAAGAGCUCAACUACGUGCAGUUGGAAAUAGAUAUAAAAAAUGAAAUAAUCAUUUUGGCCAACACAACAAACACAGAACUAAAAGAUUUGCCAAAGAGAAUUCCCAAGGAUUCAGCACGCUACCACUUCUUUCUGUAUAAGCAUUCUCAUGAAGGAGACUACUUAGAGUCCAUAGUUUUUAUUUAUUCGAUGCCUGGAUACACAUGCAGCAUAAGAGAGCGCAUGCUGUAUUCCAGCUGCAAGAGCCCUCUGCUAGAAAUUGUAGAAAGACAACUACAAAUGGAGGUGAUCAGAAAGAUUGAGAUAGACAAUGGGGAUGAACUGACUGCCGAUUUCCUUUAUGACGAAGUACAUCCCAAGCAACAUGCCCAUAAGCAGAGUUUUGCUAAACCAAAAGGUCCUGCAGGAAAGAGGGGGAUUCGGAGACUGAUUAGGGGUCCAGCGGAAGCAGAAGCCACUACUGAUUAAAAGUGUUUUAUGAAAUGUUGCAAUAUAGUUUUGUAAAAUUCCAGCUUUUAGUACAAGGAGAACUGAAAUCAUUCCAUGUUGAUAUAGUUGGGAGGAAAAUUGUACUUUUUGAAAAAUAGCACUUUCCACUUCUAUGUAUUUUUUAAAUUAAUGCUAUAGAAGACUCCUGAUUUCUAUUUUUUAGUUAAAGCUAGACAAGAUUUCAACAUAAUCAUGUUUGGUUUUGUCUCACUGUUUUCAUAGCGUGUUGAUUCCACACUUUUCACAUAAUCUUCAAUAUUUUACAUAGGUCAGCCAGUUCCAGAACGCCUGAGACUUGCUCUAGUACUCUGCAGUGAGGUCUGAGUUUCCCUGAGAUUCUCACUUGAGAAGUAUGUUUAGGAGCCUGGGAAAGGUGGGAAGCCGCAUGCUCUGAGAGCUGUGCUUACACUGGGAUUGUCUGCAGCGCUGGGGUACAGCGCUUCAUUGCAGCAGUGCUUUCUAUUUGACCUUUUGUUUUUAAUAGAGUUAAAAUGUCAGAAAAUCGGUUUAUUCUGAAACUUUAAAGGUACCAGCUGUUGCAGGGUUUCUGAUGGCACUGGAAGACUACACAGUCUUGUAAGGUCUUUGCAGAGCUUUCAAAAUGUCUGUUUCCAAAGUAACCCCUUCAUCGUAAGUACUGUGAAGCCAGAUGUCCAUGUUCAGAUGGAAAUUCAAGUAUCAUUGAAAAGGAAACAAAGCUAAAGUGAAAACUGUUAGAAGUUUUUAAGUUUUUUUUUUUUCCCCUUCGAAACCAGGUGUCUUAAAGCAAAUUGUCUUAUCACUAAGGAGCAAGUGCUCAGAUCUAAAAUGAUCAAUUCUUAGUGCUUAGCAGUGCUUAGCAGGCUAACACAGAUGACUUCUCUCAAAACAUGUGUUUUCUGAAGCUUUGUAUUUUCAUUUACAACCUAGAAAUUUUGAGCCUCAGUUUUUUGAUACUUGAAAUAGAGGGAGAUAGAACACUUCAUAUUUUAAUCUGCUAACCCUGCUGCAGAGCCAUAACUUGGAGGAGUUUUGAAAUGGACUAUGGUAUUCAGGAUUUGGAAGUCCUUUACCUGAACUUCAUGCUGCGUAAGAUAAAUAUCAGUAAUACACAUUUCAUGGUAUGAAAUAUGAAGCCCUCUUGUUGCAAAGCAUUAUUACUGAAGGUAAUACAUGCGCCUUUCAGAAAUUCAGUUGUGUUCACAUAGACCAUAUGAGAGGAGUUACGGGCUCAUGGGAUUUUUAAAAAUAGAUUUGAGUAUUUGUGUGUUUUGUUUGUUUACAAACACUUAGACUUUACUAUUUAAAUAUGCAGAACUUUUGGCAGUAAUGUUGCACUUGUUUACUAGAGGUAAACUUUUAGUUUUACGUGUGCACACGUAGUCACAUGUGCCCACAGAUUGCUGCUGUGAGAGUCCUUGAGCCUUGUUGCAGACCAUCGCCAAAAGCUGCCAUUUUCCAGCAGAGGGAGUACUUACUGCCGGUCAUGAAGAUCUGAAACUGGUGGUGACUUUCUGAAGCACCGGUGUGCAGUUAUGCUCUGAAUUUUAUCACACUACAUCCAAGUAAAUGCACAUUCCAGAAUAUAGAUGUGAUCAUGUAACCUUACUAAUAAUUAAACCAAUGAUUGCUGAGAAUCACUUAUGCAUUUGUUUUAAGGUAUAACUCAUUGUUUACAGUAUGUUUUAGGUGACAAUAGAUGUGAAUAACAUUCCCAAUAAAUUUAUAUAGCAGUGAAAAAUUA